AUGUUUUGGAACUUCGAGAUCAGUCACAAAGUAAAACUGCGAAUUGGAGGUAUUCACGCUGCAAGAGCUUGUCGCGGGUCAGAUGUAAAGAUUUCGGAUCCAAGCGAAUCGUCUGAUGAUGAAUAUCAAAUGGAUAUUGAUGACGAAGAAUUAAGUUUUAAAGACAAACUUUUGGUAACCGACAUUGGUGAUCUUGCUGAAAUGUGCAAGUCGAAAUGUGACACGAAAUAUCUUAGUACUUUGCUUUAUAUGUCGUUACGUUUCUUCAACAUUAAGCGGGAACAUGUUGAUGACUAUUUGAAGAGUAUUAGUUUUAUGACCACGAAAACUUCUCAUAAAUGGGCGACAGUGUUUAUUAAAGGAGAUUAUGAAGAAUUUUCAAAUGAUUUACGUGGUGGUAAACAAACUGAUUCAUUUUAUGAUACGUUUCCCGAGAUUGAAGCAGAUGCAAAAGCAUUUGUCGUUCAAGCGUGUUCAUAA